UGAUCGGGACAAGCCCUUCAAAGCCGCCUCGCGUUGACUGGGGGCAGGGACUCGAACGCAGCCGUGGGUGAUGCUUUGUGAUUGUUUCUGUGAAAACCAAAACCUCCUUCUGCUGUAGCUCCUCCAGGCAGGUCACUAUGGCUCUCUUCGCCCGAGCGUCCAUCCUCGACCUGUCAGAUGAUGUCCUCCUGCUCAUAUUCUCGUAUCUGAAGGCCCGUGACCUCAUGAGUCUCAUAGAGACUUGUGAACGAUUCAGCAAAGUUGCCAGUGAUAAGUCAUUGUGGACGGAAGGGGACUUUAGUGGGAGAUGUCUCUCUCUGCAGCAGCUAAAGAGGUGCCUUGUAUACUUGCGAGCAACAACACGUCGCCUGAUACUCCGGGGCCACAAGAAGAAGUAUGCUGGAACACCUAAAUGGAAGACACCACUCAUCAGUGCAAGUCUUCUAAAGGCCAUUGGAGAGAAAUGCCCAAAUUUAGAGGAACUAACAAUUAGUGAAGCUUAUAUUGAUGCCACCAAACUAAAGGUUACUGAUUUUAUGCCUGUGAAAUCUAUCACAAAAUUUUGUAUUGUAGAUUGUGAGUUUGUGAACCUCCCUCCACAAUUACGGGAAGGAUCAUAUUUCAAACGGACACACAAAGUCCUGCCCCGGCUUGAGUGUUUAAAAAUCACAAAGUGUGGAUGGGUAGAUGAUUAUGAUGUGAUGGUGUUAAGUAAAGUGGACACCCUCAAGAGACUUGUAUUAAGAAAUCUACCAAGAGUUGGUCGAGCAAUGGCAUACAUUGCCCUUGGGUUUAGGUUUGGUUUUCAGAAUUUAGAGGAACUGGAUUUAAGAGGCACAAGUUUAGAGGAUAAUGAAGUAAUGUCAGUUGUACAGAAUGGGAAGUUAAGGGCGCUGUACCUGGGCCCAAUGGGACCAGUAAAACGGCUUCCAGAAGAACCCCCGGGAGGCCACAACCUCAUCAUGCCUGACCCACGCUGGCAGGAAGAGCGACAGCAGGUGGUAGUUAUUAAUGUAGGACCAAAUGGACCGCAGUGGAGACAAGUGAAUGAUGAGGAAUUAGACGGGAUGGGCCUGCAGUGGGUACGUGAUGCUCCUGUCGUUCAGCGCAACAGAGCAGAAGAGGAGGAUGAGGACAGACACUACUUUAUUGGCAGAGAUGGUAGGCCUGUAGAGCAUGAGGAAAAUAAUGAUGAGGAUGCAGAUGAAAAUGAUAACGAACGAAAUGGUGUUGCUCAAGCAGAAGAAGGAAGACAACAGAUUCCUCAGGGAAACCAGAUGGGGACAAAUAACCAGCAGGGAAAUAACGAUCAGCAGAGGGAAGAAGAUAGUCGAGAUGAAGAGGAAGAGGAAGCCGAGUCUUGUAAAGAUAAACAAGAGGAGGAGGAGGAGGAGGAGGAUGAAGAAGAAUUAGAAGAUGAGUUAGGAGACGAUUACUGUGACCAUAGGGAAGAUGCAGAUGAAGAAUUGUGCUCUGAACCAUAUCAGCUUCCGGAUGAAGGUUUAUCAGACAAGUUGGUGUAUGCUUUUGGCCAGAAGACAAAAUUCCUUCAUACACUAGUACUGUCAGGGUGUGCAAUAACAGAUUUUGGACUACAGGAAAUAAUUCGCCUGGUUCCUUCGUUGAAAGUGCUUGAUGUUACCAACACAAAAGUGACAAGCAGUGGAGUACAGGAGGCCAGAGUUGCCAGGCCCGAUUGUAUGAUAUUAGGAGGGGGAACGAGGGUAGUGCGGCAGCAGAACAACAGAUGAUGCUGACUGUAGCUUAUUGGAGAUUUGUGUUGAUCAGGUAGACUCUAGCUAUAUACAUAUAUUAUUUUGCCUUUUAAGUAAAGGAAAUAAUAUUCUGUGGCAUCACUGAAGAAGUGUUAGAGGCAAGAGGAGACAAAUGAUGCAGCAGGCAGUGGUUUAUGUGAGAUUUAUGUGAGAAAUUAGAUGAGGCUUUAAAAAACAAUUGUGAUUAUUUCUGUUCUAAGAUGUCAUUGAAAGCAUAGUGAGAGAAACACAGCUUUUCCAGGUGUGUUGGUAGAAUUCACGCACAGGAUCAUACAGUAUUUUAUAGAUUUAUAGAAUAGGUAUAUUUAUAAACUGUAAUAGAAUCUGCUAAUGCAUAAAAAAUUAGCUCCAGUGACUCUAUGGAAAUCAUUUAUGAAUAAACUCUGUUGAAUUAAGUGUGUAUGACAAAUUUGACCAUUAUAUGUUCCUGUAUUUUAUGUAUGCAAAUUUUGUCUGUCAAAUGCAGCAUCAGUCAGGAAUCUUAGCAACUGUUUAAGACUAUUCUUCAAUCAGUGUAAGUGAAAGCUGCCAUAUGUAUAGUAUUUUUUUAGAAUGUCAGUACAGAACCUUCGUAAUCAUAAAUUUGGCUCUUUAAGGAAGGCAUCCGUUUCCAUGAUAGUAGUCAGGGCAGGUUUAAUGGGCAUAGUAUAGUUCCUCUCUUAUUCUCAUCAUGUAGAGCUAAUCCAAGAAUUGCAAGUUGGCCUAAUGUUGCAUAGACUGGAACUAGAUUUACAUGGGAGUGUACUUCCUAAUCUCUGUGAAGUUGCAACCAAGUGUCAGCAUAGUGCAUUUCACCUUUCUUAUUGUCUUCAUACAUGGCAGUGUUAUAUACUGAAGAGCUGGAUGGAGUUCUAAAACAGAACAAAACUUGUAAAACAACAAAAAAAAGUUCAUGCAGUUUUCUCUAGUGUCUUUCUGUAAGGGAAAUCAUCAUCGUCUUCUUCAAAGUUGUUGUCGCCGUCAUCCUCAUCACCAUCCUGGUCCUCGUCAUUGUUGUUUUUGUUAUUAUCAUUAUUAUUAUUAUUAUUAUCAUUAUUGUUCUUGUUCUUGUUAUUAUGAUUGAUUUUGUUAUUAUUAUUAUUAUUAUUAUUAUUAUUAUUAUUAUUAUUAUUAUUAUUGUUAUUAUUGGUAUUGGUAUUGGUAUUUUCAAUAUCAUGAUCAUUUUUAUUUUUUUAUCAUCUUCAUCUUCAUCUUCACAAUUGCCACUGUCACCGUCAUUGUCAUCAUCAUAGUUAUUAUUAUUAUUAUUUUUAGUAUUAGUAGUAGUAGUAGUAGUAGUAAUGUUGUUGCAUAGUAUUAUUACUGUUAUAAUGAUAAUGAUAAAGAAGAUGAUGAUGAUGAUAAUGAUAUACUGUUAUAAUUGUUCAUAUUAUGUUAUUACUAUUAUCAAUAUCAUUGUAUUUGUCAUCAUCAUCACCAAUGUUAUCACCACCACCACCAACCACCACCACUGCUGCUACUGCUAUUAGUAUCACCAUUACGAUUACUACUAAUAUUACAACUGCUAUGACUACUACAACUUCUACAACUACUUUUACUACCACUACUACUACUACUACAACUAUUAUUAUUAUCCUUAUCAUUAUUAUUAUUAUUAUUAUUAUUAUUAUUAUUAUUAUUAUUAUUAUUAUUAUUAUUACUACUAGUACUACUAUUCCUGCUACAACUUUUAGUACUGCUACAACUACUGCUGCUAUUAUCAUAUAAUAUGCUGAUUACCAUUACUAAUGUUUGUUAUUAUUUUCAUGAUCAAUAUUUAUCAUCAUAAUCCACUUCACACUCCACUUAAUUUUCAUUGUGAUCAUCAGUAUUUGUAUUGUUUUUUAAGAUUAAUAUUAUAAAAAUCAUCAUUAUCUAUAUCUUUAUCAUAGUCAUUAUUAUAUUUUGUAUUUUAUUACUAUCAUUAUAUAAAUCUUGAUAAUGGUAAUAAUUAUAAUAUGGUCAUCGUCAGUGCUGUCGUUGUAAUCGUCGUCAUCAUCAUCAUCAUCAUCAUCUUUAUCUUUUUUCUAAUAUAUAUAGUCAUCGUUAUUUAUUUUAUUUUAUUUAUUUAUUAUUAUUUUUUUGUUUUUGUUUUGAUGAUGAAUAUUCCUGUGAUUAGGACAAUUAUUUUUAUCAUAUUGCUAUUGCUGUUACACCACUAGCUGCUCUUACUGCUUUGUACUCCAUACUGACUACUUCUAAAGCAUUCUUCAUUUUCUAUGUUGGUUUGUGUGCUGAACUGUUGCGAGUUUGAGAUUUUUCGUUUUCUUUCCUUUUCAUCUGUUCGUGCAUCGCCUGAAUAGUGGACUCGUGAAAUUGAAGUGCCUGCUUCUCGGUCUUUGUCUUUUUCCCCUUCGUUCUCGUCUUCUUUGCCUCUCGUGUCUUUCAUUUUGUUGUGCUUUGUUUUUUUCUCUCAUUUCUCUCUGCCUUUUAGCUUGCCCUUGCCUCUCUGCAAGGCCCUCCCUGUUCUUCCCUCUCCCUUCUCUUCUUCCUUUACUCUCCCCUUCCUCUCUCCCAUUCUCCUUCUUUCCUUUCUCUUUCCUCUGCUCCUCUCCUUUCUCUCCACUCUCCCUUCUCUCUUUUCCCCUUCUUUCUCUCUUUCUUUCUCUCUUUCUCUCUCUCUUUCUCCUUUUCCCCUUUCUCUUUUCUCCUUUUCUCUCUCUCUCUCUCUCUCUCUCUCUCUCUCUCUCUCUCUCUCUCUCUCUCUCUCUCUCUCUCUCUCUCUCUCUCUCUCUCUCUCUCUCUUUCUUUUGCCUUUUCUCUCUCUCUUGCUCUCAUCUUUUCUCUUCUUGCCUGACUCUCUUACUUGCCCUCCUUUCCCCUUUCUUUCAGUUUCUUAGUUUGAAGCUUCAAAAAGUUACUGCUUUUACAAGGUACUUGGAACAAUUAUGAAAUGUAAAUAUUUUUUAGUAGCCUUUUAAUGAUAUGUAAGUGAUAUGAGGAGAUUUCUGUGUAUAUACAUUCUUUUUUCAUUUAAUAAAGUUCUAGCAAAGCUUCAACAUAAUGAACAUAUCACAGCUGACUUAGCAUAGCGUUCCACGUUCACUAGUAUGGCAUAAAUUAUACCCUUGUAUUUUGGCCUCUGUGUGUAUUUGGUUUUUGUCCCAUGAGAUUUUAUUACUCUUUAAUUUAAGAGAGAAAGAGAGCAUUCGCACAUGUACGCGGGUGUGUGUGGGUGAGUGCAUGUAUGCUUGUACAUAUAUGGAUGUUUAGGUUUGUUUGGAAAUAGAAGCUUACAUAUUUUAAAGCACACACUUGAAGGAACUUGUGAAUAAUUUACAUUAGAAAAUGAAAUUCCAUUUUUGAAAGGAAAGGACACUGUUUUUAAACAUAGUCAACUAUUUGGAUGGUAUGUUUCUGAAACUCUGUGCUGUAAUAAUUUUGCAACAGUUUGUACCUUUAGUUUUUAUUGUUAUACAGCUGUACAUAAAAUAAGCCUGUAAAUUAUAUUUACAAAUGUAAGUUCAGUAGAGUGCCGAAUAACACUUCUAAACUCUUAACCACCAGUUGAAGUAAGGAAUGGAAGUGGGUCAUGGCAGUUUGUUAAAAGUAAGAGAAAGGGAUGUGCAUUUAAGUGAUUAACUAUUACAAACUGAUUGUGGUUAGAGCCUUUUGCAAAAUGGCUUUGUACAUAAUAUAAUGGGAUGUGAUAGCAGGUCUUUAGUAUUUCCUUUCUAGUGCAUAUGGUGAUCAGUGGACAGGAGAUUGAAAAACAAGGACAGACAUGGCAGUGGAAUGUGGAGGUGAAUCUAGAUCUGGCUAAAAAGGACGAGACUUUCAUCAAGGAAAAUUUGCUGCGUGAAGAGCACAUAUUUACUUGCCUAUUAAAUAAAGAAGCUGUUUCAUGAAACAGGGACUCUUAUAAAAGACAUUAGAUGAUAAUAUCGCUGAGUAAGGAAUUGCCCUUACGAUGACAUGCUGUUUUUUCUUUUCUUUUCUUUUUAAUUUUUUUAUCAAUCUCUUUAUAUAUAUGAGAAAGUGAUCACUACCCCCUGUUUAACAGUAAGCUGCAGGAAUAUUAUCUUAGAAAUCUGAAGGAAUGAACAAACAAACUUUAACUUUUGUACAAGAAAUAUUGAGAACUGGCAAGUUUUAGGAAAAUGAUUCACAGGAAGACAUGGUUGUUGCUAGUAAGAUUCAUUUUGAAAUUAUAUGCUGCUCUGAAUGAGGCUUGGUAUUGAAUAUAUUGCUAGUCAGGGGAAGGUAUUUUAUAUUAAGAAUAAGGACCAUGCAAAGCUGAAGAGAACUGUUAUGAAAUGUUACUGAUGUACUGACAACGAGUGAUUGAAACCAAUUUGUCCCUGAGAUUAUUUGCUAAUAGUAGAAAUAGUCUGAAAUAAUGUACUCUGAUUGUAAGGUUAUUUAAAGCAUUUUGUUAAACAAGCAGGCAGCCUGUUGUAUGAAGAAUUGCAAAAGACUGCAUAUAUGCCUCAAGUGCAAAUGAUGAUCCACUCUAUAGUUGUUGCCCCCAGUACUCAGUAGAGUGAAUGGCAAUUUGUGCUUGUGUGCACCCAGUUAUGUGUGGGUGGAUGUUGGCCAGUGUAUGUAUGCAAGGGUAUGUGUGUACCUGUGUGUGCUUGUGAGUGGCCAUGCUUUGAGUCUAUAAAGCCAUUUGGAGAAAAAGUAACAAUUUAUUAACAAUAAUUACCUUUAAGGUGUCUUGCCAAUGUAUAUUUUAGGUGCGAGUGAGUGGUUGGAAGUAAUUGUAAAUUGUUGAAUAUUGAAUUGAGAUUAUAAUUGCUACACAACAUAUCCUCAUAAAAUGAGGUAUGGUAUAUUUUUAGGCGACCAUUUAUGUCCAAUCCUUUAUUUAUUGAUUUAUAAUUUGCUGUUUUUCUUAUCUUUUUUAAUGUAACAGGUAUGCAAGGGUUUCUAGAUGAGAUUCAGCUGUAGUUUAGUUCUGGGGAAGUUUGUGUUAAAUGUGUUGGCUAGAUCAGUAGAAUAGACUGUUUGAGUGUCCUACCAUAUUUUGUCUUCAUUUCUGGAACAUAGAAUAAGAGAUAAAUAAAUCGGUAAUGGUGAUUUGCAGUUAUUAAUAUUAUUUUACUCUGUACCAUGGGCUGUUUGUCAUAUAACUUCUGAAGCAAACAAAACUGAAAGGAACAAAUGUUUGUGAUAGAGUUGUUGAAGAUGAUACUCUGUACCUUAUAUUCAUUAUCUGUGUGAUUAUUAAGCUUGAGAAAGAUUGACAACAGGAGCAAAUGUAAAUUUAAGUUAUAUAUUUAAUAUAUAUUAUAAAUA